CAUCGACAUCGGACUUUCCGCCAUCCACGGUGUUUGACAAAGUGGUCAGAGAAAGACCCUGGUGUCCAGGGGCUCUACUAUCUAAUUCUUCCUCCCGUCAGUUCCGCACACCAAAAUGCCUUCAGAUAUCAGGAGCUUCUUCGGCGGCCGCGGAGGUGAAGCAAAACCUCCUGCCACCACUGCUCCCGCUGCAAAGAAGGACAAGGCUAGCAAAGGCACUCAGCGUGGUCGUGGCCGGAAAGUUGUCUCCGAUGAUGAAGAUGAGGAACCUGUCGACGUCAAACCCAAGAAGCCCGCUACCCCGAAAGCCAAAAAAGUUGUAAAAGAGCCAGUUGAGGAAGAGACUACAAGUUCUGCCUACUUCGCAUCGUCGAAAACGAAAAGCACAAAAUCGACCCCCGUCAAAGCCACUGUAAACGGCGCGAGCAAGACCCCCACUAAGCAAGUCAACGGCGGAACUCCUUCGACAGGUAGAAGGUCUACCAGGAAAACUGCAGCGAAGAGCUACGCAGAACCAGACGACGAUGAUGCUGUAGUCAAGCUGCAGAAUGAUCAAGAUGGUGGAGACGACAUCUUCAACGAUCUCAAGAGUAGAAAGGUCGACGAUGAUUACGAGGAAGGCUCUGAUGAGGACGAAAUUAAACCUCCGAAGAAACAGUCAAAACCUGUCAAUGGACAUAGCAAGAAGUUAUCGACUGACAAUGACGAUGACGACAUCGAAACAGCCCAGAUUUCCGCAUACGAUGAACCUAAUGAUCGACGAACGAAGAGAACCUCUGCCGCCGCCCCUUCCCGAAAACGGAAGUCCAGAGCGUCAGUAGAAGACGACGAGGAAGACGAUUUCUUGGACGACGACGACGCAACGCCCAAGAAGAAGACAAAGAAAACAACCACGACUGCGGCAAGAAAACCCCGAGCUGCGGCCAAGACAGAAGAGCGGGAAGAGAGCAAGGAGAUCAAAUCAAUUCUUGACAAUAUCCCUACAGUACGACCUCCGACCCCUCCACCACGAGACGAGAAUAAGAAGUGGACUUAUCAGCCUGGAGGAGGCAACGCCGGCGCUGCACCACCAGAAGCAGGAAGUGCAGAGAUCCCAGUGGGAGAACCAAAUUGCCUGGCUGGACUGACUUUUGUGUUCACCGGUGUCUUGCGCUCUCUCGGUCGAGAAGAGGGUCAAAGUCUCGUGAAGCAAUAUGGCGGGAAAGUCACUGGAGCUCCGUCAAAGAAGACGAGCUACGUGGUUAUUGGUAGUGACGCUGGACCGAAGAAGCUCGAGACCAUCCGAAACUUGGGAAUAAAGACCAUUGAUGAGCAAGGCCUGUUCGCUUUGAUCAAGCAGCUCCCUGCAAAUGGCGGCGACGGCAAAGCUGCUGAGGCAUACGCCGAAAAACAAGCCAAAGAAGAAGCCAAGAUCCGCAAAGAAGCAGAAGAAAUGGAGGCACGAGAGAAGCAGAAGCAACAAGACGCGGAGAAGCUUGCGAAGGCUGCUGCUGCACGAACGGGUGCCCCGGCCCCUUCAAGCAAACCGAAGGUCAGAUCUGACGACCGACUCUGGGUCGAUAAAUAUGCUCCUGAUUCACUCACUGGCGUCUGUGGUAACAAAACUCAAGUGGAAGGCUUGCAGAGAUGGCUGCGAAACUGGCGCAGCAGUGCGAAGAGCGGCUUCAGAAAGGCGGGACCUGAUGGUAAAGGAGUGUUUCGCGCUGCCUUACUCCACGGUCCACCUGGCGUUGGCAAGACUACUGCUGCCCACCUUGUUGCCAAACUCGAAGGCUAUGAUGUCGUCGAAAGCAAUGCGAGUGAUACCCGAAACAAGAAGCUAUUAGAGUCGGCUCUGAAAGGCGUGUUGGAUACCACGUCUCUGCUCGGAUAUUUUGCGGGUGAUGGCAAAAAAGUCGACCCUACAAAGAGGAAACUCGUCUUGAUCAUGGAUGAAGUGGAUGGUAUGUCUGCAGGCGAUCGCGGUGGCGUCGGUGCCCUUGCCGCCAUUGCUAAGAAGACGUCCAUCCCCAUGAUUCUCAUUUGCAAUGAGCGGAACCAGCCCAAAAUGAAGCCCUUCUAUCAGGUCACGGCAGAGUAUGCUUUCAGACGACCGACUACCGACAUGAUACGGGGAAGAAUUGCAACUAUCCUGUAUCGAGAAGGCAUGAAGUUGCCGCCACAAGUUAUGAAUGCUCUCAUCGAAGGAUGUGGCGGUGAUAUUCGACAAAUCAUCAACAUGAUCUCAACCAUCAAACUCGACAACAAGGAUCUCGAUUUUUCAGACACAAAGGCUAUGUCCAAGGCUUGGGAAAAGCAUAUGAUACUGAAACCUUGGGACAUUGUCAACAAAAUUCUUCGUUCGCAAAUGUUUGCUGCGAGUUCAACCGCGACCUUGAAUGACAAGACCGAGCUGUAUUUCAACGACCACGAAUUCAGUUAUCUCAUGCUUCAAGAGAACUAUCUGAAGACCCAGCCGAUGCUAGCAAGUGGCUACUCUGGGAAGGAGAGAGAUUUGAAGCUCUUGGAGCUCGUUGACAACGCGGCGUCUAGUAUCAGUGACGGAGAUCUCGUCGAUAGGAUGAUUCAUGGUACUCAACAACAGUGGAGUUUGAUGCCUACUCACGCCAUCUUCAGUUUUGUCCGACCUGCAAGUUACAUGUAUGGCAACUUUCACCAACAAGUUGGCUUCGCAGGAUGGCUUGGACAAAACAGUAAACAAGGCAAACUAUCUCGCCUCGUCAAGGAAAUUCAAGGCCACAUGCGACUUCGAUCCUCAGCUGAUCGCCACGAAGUUCGUCAGCAAUACCUUCCGGCUCUGUGGAGUUACACCGUCGGGAAACUGCAGCAAGGCAAAGACAAUGUUCCAGAAGUCAUUGACUUCAUGGAUUCGUAUUAUCUGACCAAAGAGGAUUUCGAUGCUUUGCUCGAACUGGGAGUAGGACCAAUGGAUAUGGAAGGAGUCAAGCUCGACACACAAACCAAAGCCACCUUCACCAGAUUGUACAACCUGCAGAGCCAUCCAAUGCCAUUUGUCAAAGCUAGCAAUGUCAUGGGCAUGGCCAAGGGUGGAGCAAGCAAGAAGGACAAACCAGAUCUCGAAGAGGCCGUCGAUGAUUCGGAAAUUGAUGAGGCUCUUGGCCCGGAUGUGGACGGUCCAGACGACGAAGAAGAUGAGUUGGAUCUGAAAAAGGACAAAUAUGUCAAGGUACCCAAGAAGAAGCCCGCGGCUGCUGCGGCCAAAGGCAAGAAUAAACGAAAGAAGGAUGACGAUGAUGAGGCUGACACAGGGGUUGAAGAAGAACCACCUAAGAAGAAAAAGCCCGCUGCUGCUGGCGGCAGAGGUGGUAGGAAAGGCAAGGGCAAAGCGUGAGAUUGCAUAUCGACGUCGGUAUCCCAUGUAACCUUGACUGGGCGCUUGACAUGGACAGGGAAAAAAAGACAGUGUACAAAUGGACUCGGAUGAGUUGCCAUUGCGGAGCAAAAUGUCGAUAUUGCAUUACCUACGGAACAGAAAUCCUGUUAUACAGAGUGAAGAAGAACAGCGCAGCCAGAUGGCG